UUCACAGUUUGGGACCUUUAAUGUUGAUGAAUGAUUAAGAGACUUUUUUUCUUCUCUACCAACUGGAGAAGUAUUUAUACCACAAAGGUCAUGCCCUAUUCUAUGACAUCAUUAGAUUGGAACUUCUCCGUGCAGCUACUGAAGUCAAGGCAGAGGGGGAGAAUCUAGUGUUGUAGAGGGCUGCAUAUCCAUCUCCAGAGAGCCAGUUCCAUCAAACUCUCUUGGACCCUCCUAUUAACAUUUGGCACAAAACAUAAGACCUCUUUUAUGUUGCCAGGGGAAGAUCAGAAAUCUUAAAAAUUUCUAAACUCUAGUUGAUUGUCCUGGCUGUUCGACACUGUCAUAUUUCAAUUUCUGACCUUUUGGAUAUUGUCAGCAAACUUGUUAAUCCCAGAAACUUUUUGGCAAGACAGCUGUGGCAACUAUUACAGCAUUUUGUUGUAAGUAUUUCAGUUUGCACUUGCCAUUUCUGGCUGAAAGUUUGCUGUCAGAAAUGGAUAGUAGUUUCUGUUACACUCCAGCUAAGAUGUAGCAUUCUUCAUGUUUUCAUUGAGACUUUGUUUUUGAAGAAUUUAUUGGACAUCACUACUGAUGAGGAAGUAACAAAACUGUGUUUCAGAAGAAUGGACACCCCACUCAAGAAAAAUGGAAGCAAAUCUCAAGAUCUAACUGAGAACACCAAAAUGGAUGGUCAUCCUCAGGACUCAAAUACAGAAGCUGAGGAGAACAAAUCCAAUCACCCAAAUGAGGAGGGUAAAGAUGACAACAAAUCUCCCAAUACAGAGGUUGAAGAGAACAAAGCUCAAGACCUGGAGAAACGGAAUGAGGAUGACACCAAGCCAUCCUUAAAAACAUCUGAACUGCAGGAAGAUAAAGAUCCCUCAACGUUACAUUCCUCUAGUUCAUGGGGAAAAGAGACAUCAGAUUGGAAGGAUGUUCUAUCUAGCUUUCUUACUCCUGAACAAAGCACAACUAAUUUUUCCUCCCUCACUUCAGAGCAAACUGAUACUGACGAUCUAACGACGGCAACUUGGGUGGAAUCCCAGUUGGUGAAUCCAGAGUUGCAGUCUGAGGUUGAGACUGUUGUUCCUGUAUGCUUGUGGAAGAAGCCUACAGAAUGGAAGGAAGAAGAACUCAGAUUUUCUGUUCCAGCACACAAGCCUUCCUUUCAUAACCGCUGUGGCUGCAGUAAAACUGAACGAUUGAUCAAGCACAGCCCAUUGCAUCUUCCCAAAGCACCACUUCACAAAAGCAUUAUUUGGAGACGUCAAAGACCACUAUUCAGAGGACGUGAGAUCUGCUCUCCAGAGAAGGUGCUGAAACAAAAAAUUUUCAAGGAUGUAAAAAGGAAGAAAGACCACCGGGCAUUUACCAAAGCUCAAAUGCUUAGGAUACUCUCCUCCAAAGGAAGCAACAGGCAAAGUAAGGCUAUGUACAAUCUCUACACAACAUUCUGUGAUGAGGGAGAGCACUUUGACCCAUGUCUUCUUCAUGGAGCAAAAGGACUCUCCAGGACUUGCACCAUUUUUAGUGCCAUCAGAAGGGGAAGAAUUCACAUCAACUAUCUCCUCCUUACCUUACACACGUUGGGGAUCCUUCUGACCAAAGCUCAGAUGUUUCAGAUUCUCCAGUUUAUCCCUGUUGAUGCACAUGGCAAUCUGGAUUUUUACGACUUUUUGGAUGUUGCACGUGACACCUUACUCUACAUUGAUCUUGAGGCUUUUGAGAAUGUUCAGUGGGUUUUCCGAUCCAUUAAAAGAGAUAUGAUAGCCAUUGAAGAACUGGAGCCAAUUUUAGCAUGCUUGGGGGUCAGCCUCAGUCCCCUAAUUAUACAGCAGACACUAGAACGCACUACAAUUACCAAGGAUGGGAAAUUGAACAUCUCAGAAUUUCUGUCAGCUGUGAGAGGAUUAUUAAAUCAUCAUAUGCAUGAGUAUGGUAUUUUGGAGACAGGAUCUUGUCAAGACUUUACUACUAUAGAUGAUUGUGAAGUUGAAUGGAAAAGAAACAUUUUGCUUGAUAAAGGGAUUCCACUUGGUUAUGCUCACUUGAUUGGAUUAUAUGAACCAGAUGAAGAGAUCACUGUUGACAGCCUAGAGAAGAAAGCAAAUAAAUCUCAGAAACCUGUAGGGCUAAAAAAAACCAACAAAGCAACACCUGCAGUUUUGGAUGAAAAGGACAAAAAAGACCAAAGCUCAGAAUGGCCAAAGAUUAGAUCAAAAUAUGGCUACACAAGUCAGGACACACUGUUUCCAUUAAGUUCCACUCUCCCACUUAGAGAAAGUAAAAUGAUUGCCCCACAGUCAAAGUCAAGAGGGCCAUCGAAAAAGCCCCCAGAACUACCUGAUCUUUCUUUAGUUCCUCAUGCAAACCUUAGCAGUGACAUCAUGAAGCAGAAAAAGAAGAAGAAAAAGAAGCUUUUAUUCCAAGAUGACCUCUCAGCUAGGCCUAAUCUUAAUGAAGACAACCAGGAAACUGAUGCUAAGAAAGCUGAAAGUGAAGAUACAGAAUAUUCAGAAGAUCUACCAUUUCAGGAAGCCUUACAGAAUGUCUUUGAUGUCAUCCAAAUGCUUGCGGAAGAUAACAUCAAAAGUCAUGAUCUGUGCUCCACCCUGAACAAACUGGGAAUCAGCACGAGUGACACAGAAUUCCAGGAAAGGCUACAGAAUGCAGAUGUGGCAAAAGACGGGAGAGUCAAUUUCAACAGCUUCAUAUCUAUAAUGGAGAAAAUGCAUUUCUUGAAUGAAUUUGCAAUUUUGAAACACACCAUACGAGCCAUUGACAAGAUCGAAGAAGGCAAGAUGUUUCUGCAUGAUCUUCCUUCCUUUAUUAGAAAUAUGGGUAUCCAGCUACAUGAAAAUGCAUUAGAAGAAGCCCUAAAACAGGUUGCUAUUGAUGGUAAUGGAAAGAUAAUUGUGAAAGACUUCAUUGAAAUUCUUACCCACACUCCCCAAUUUAAAGAACUGUCAGUGCUGAAAGAUACCAUUCAGGCAGUCAACAAUGUUAAAGAGAACAAAGUUUCUUUGAAGGACCUCAAAACCACCCUCCAGAAGAUGGGCAUUCAUUUAUACCCACAGGAGUACGAGGAUCUAAUUCAGAUUAUUCCAGCUGAUAGAGAAGGAAAAAUUGAUAUUGGGCAAGUCACAGAGAAGAUUUUCAAACUACAACGCUUUUCAGAAAUUGAAGUUCUGAACUAUACCAUCAAAAUUAUUAACCAGUUCAAGGAAACACAGUUGAAUGUUUCUGAAGUGGAGAACUCCUUCAAUAAUAUUGGAAUUCAUUUAACCGAGUCAGAAUUAAUGCACGCCACUGAGACCUUGUCAGAUUCUGCUGAUGAAACCGUGGAUGUCAAAGAACUGAUAUCAGCUAUGAAGGAAACUAGACGGUUAAAAAAUUAUACUGCUGUGCUUGACUGCAUCCUAGCUCUCAAGUUGAUUAAGGAAUACCAAGCAGUACGACUAAACCUUGAAACAGGAACCUUCAGAACUGUAGACCUGCCCAUGGCUAACCAGGUGAUUGGCCAAGCACUAAGGUCAGCAAACAUUACAGAAGCUGGACAGGCAAAAUUCAAUAACUUCUUGAGGAUAUUGACAAAGAAUCAGCAACUUAAAACUUCUGCAGCCUUGGGAGAUGGUUUUGAAAUUCUGGCCAAAAUGAAAAAUGGAAGAAUUGAAUUCACAGAGUUGCAGAUGCUUAUGCAGAGCUUCAAUAUCAACUUGCCAACAGAGGAGAUGUCAGAAGCACUGGCCUUUUGCAAUGUUGAUGAUAACAAUACAUUAAAUCUAAAAGAUUUCAUCAGAAAUGUGAUCUAUACUGAUACUUUUGUUAUCAACCCAGAACUGCAACUCAUCUGCUUGGCCCUGAGCAAAUUCAAAGAUGAUCACUUUGAUCUCCAGACUCUUCAAUCCAGCCUGGACACUAUGGAACUUUUCAAGGCCAGUGAACUACUGAAAGAAGUGAUGAAUGUAGCCAAAGUUGACAGUAAUGGUAAGGUUAAUUUAGAGGAAUUCAUAAGGGUUUUAACUGUAAUGCCAGAGAUCCCAGAAGUGCUGAUGGAUACUCUUGAUGCAAUGCAUAAUAUCAUAGACCAGGAGGUUAAUGUCAAUGACCUGACAAAAACCUUGACUAUCAUGGGUAUCAGCUUGACACCGGAUGAAAUGCAAUCACUAUGCAACUCAGUAACAGUCACUGAAGAUGGGACAGUACAUUUUAAUGAUAUUGUGAAAGAAAUAAUCAGUACAGAGUCCUUUGAAGAAUUUCAUGCUUUACAGAAUACUUUCAGUAUUAUCCUCAAGAUUGUAAAAGAGGACAUUAAAAAGGAAGAGUUGCUGGAUGCCCUAGAAAACUUAGGCAGCCACCUGACACCUGAUGAUCUGCAAGAAAUUCUGGCAUUUGCUUCCAUUGAUGAAUCAGGGAAAGUUCAUGGGACUGAAUUCCUCAAGAUUUUGUCCAGCAUUUCUGAUUUCAAAGCAUUGCAGAAUGCCACAAAGGUUAUUGAAAACCUCAAAGAAGAGAAGAUGACUACCAAACAGUUGGAGGAUACUCUAGAGAAUAUGGGUGUUGACUUACCUAGUUCAACAUUCAAUCAGAUAAUUCAAACUAUCAAAACUGAUGAAAAUGAUGAAAUAGAUUUCAAAGAGUUUUUGCUAGCACUGGGUGAAACUAAAGAUUUCACUGAAAUAGAAGCUUUACAGCAUGUAAUUACCAUUGUUGAUAAAAUGCAUGGUGACCAACUACAUACAAAUGAACUGCAGGACACUAUAGAUAAGUUGGGUCUUCAUUUGACAGAGGAAAAAAUCCAAGAAAUUUUGCAGGAUAUUGAUGUGGAUGCUGAUGGGACUGUAAAUCUAAAAGACUUUCUGAUGACUCUUCCUAAGAUGCAGUACUUCAGGGACUCUUUAGAAUUUCACUCUGCUGUUAUGGCCUUCAGCAAGAUAAAGGAUGGGACUGUUGAUCCUGGAGAACUGGAUUCCAUUUUAGACUUUCUGAGAAUUAAGCUGGAUGCCAUAGAGUUCCAAGAUGCAUUAAAGGGUACUUCCAUACCUGGAACUGGAAAGUUCAGUUUCAAGGACUUCUUGGUCAAUGUGACAACAAAUGAACGUUUUUCUGAAAACUCACUUCAUGGCAUCUAUACCAUUCUCUCCAGAAUGGAUAGAGAUAAAGUUGAGAUUUCUCAGAUGAAAGAUGUGCUAGCUGCUAUUGGCAUCACCUUAACCAAGGAGCAAAUGAUGGAGGCAUUGAAGAACAUGACAGUAGAUAGUGAUGGGAUGGUGAAUUUGAAAGAAUUUAUGAAGAUGUUAUCUCUCACACAGCAAUAUUCUUCAGCUGUAGACAUGGAAAAAGCAGUGAAAACACUGAAGAGCAUCAAACAAGAUAAAAUAGAAUGUGAAGACUUGGAUUCCAUCAUGCAUGCUCUGGGCCUUCAGCUAUCUCAAGAUGAAAUCCAGAAAGCACUGAAAUAUGUUACCACAAACGCUGAUGGGACACUGAGUAUGAAAGAUUUUAUGUUUGCAUUGACCAAUAAUCGAAGAUUUUCUGAAGCUGACAGAAAUAGAGUCCCUGUUAAAAACCUGAAUUCCAUUUUGGAAAACAUGGGGAUUAAUUUAACAGAGAAGGAAAUGAAGAAAGCCCUUGAGCAAGUUACAGUUGAUGAUGGAAUGGUAAACCUGAAUGAAUUCACAAGGAAUCUUAGAGUUUUGCAGGAGUUACCUCAACCAAAUGGUGACACAAAGGAAAAAGUUGCUGUGGAAGAUGUAAAUUCUCUUUUGUCCAACAUGGAGAUCCACUUAACCAAAGAGCAGCUCCAAGAAGCUUUGAAGAAUGUGACUGUGGAUGAAAAUGAAAAGGUGAAGAUGAAUGAGCUGAUUGAAAGUGUGACUAAAACCCAGGGACAAUCCCAAGCAGACAUGGAUCAGAUCCAUGUCAGUAACCUGGAUACUGUCCUAACCAACAUGGGCAUUUACCUAACAGAUAAUGAAAUCAAGGAAGGUCUGAAUUCUGCAGCUCCAGAUGAAGAUGGAAACGUUAACCUAAAUGACUUCAUGGAAGGGGUGAAGAAUAUGAAGCUCAUAUUAAGUGCAGGAGGGCAAGCGAUUAAAACUGAUGAAUUGAGUUCCAGCCUGACAAGAAUGGGCCUCAAUAUAACAGAAGAAGAAACUCAAGAAGCUCUGAAGCCCAUUAUUCUUGAUGAUAAUGACGAAGUGGAUAUGAAGAAUGUAUUGCAAAACAUUAUGCUCAUGCAACGGCCUUUUAAGCUGGAAAGAGACAGGAUUGAUAUUCAAGAUUUGAACAGGAUUCUGAUCUCUGCAGGCAUUCAACUCACAGAAGCAGAAUUCCAGGAAGCAUUGGCAACUACCCCAAUCGAUAUUGAAGGGAAAGUAAACUUAGGAGAAUUUAUGAAGUCGGUGAGGGCAGUCCAGCCAUAUCCUCAGCCUGAAGAAACAAUUACUUUUCUGGAAGAGAAAGUUGCUGCUCAGGAAGAGGAAGAGGAGAUUUCUGUUGAAGAAGAGACAGCUGCUGCUGCUCAGGAAGAGGAAGAGGAGAUUUCUAUUAAAGAAGAGACAGCUGCUGCUGCUCAGGAAGAGGAGAUUCCUAUUAAAGAAGAGAGAGUUGCUGCUGCUGCUCAGGAAGAGGAAGAGAAGAUUCCUAUUAAAGAAGAGAAAGCUGCUGCUGCUCAGGAAGAAGAAGAGAAGAUUCCUAUUAAAGAAGAGAAAGCUGCUGCUGCUCAGGAAGAGGAAGAGGAGAUUCCUAUUAAAGAAGAGACAGCUGCUGCUGCUGCUCAGGAAGAAGAAGAGAAGAUUCCUAUUAAAGAAGAGAAAGCUGCUGCUGCUCAGGAAGAGGAAGGUAAAGAGAAACAGAAAACUGCUGCCAAGGAAGAAAAGGUUGCCGUUGAAGAGUUGGGUUCCAUUUUGGCCGAUAAGGGUAUUUCCCUGAGUGACAAAGAGCUGGAAGAGGCCUUGAUAAAGGCAAAAGUAAAUGUUGAUGGGACAGUGGACCUCUGUAACUUUUUCAAGGCAGUUCAUGAGAUUCAAGGGUCACCUCCAGAUGCCAAAAAGAAUGAAGAAAAUAAAGUUGAUAUUAACAACUUGGAUGAAGUCUUGGAAGAAAUGGGAAUAUGUUUAACCAACAGACAACUAUAUGAGGCAUUUAAAUACAUUUCAAUAGAUGAUGAUGGGAUGGUGGACAAGGAAGCAUUUAUGAGAAGUGUAAAUGCCAUUUUGACGAACCAGCAUAAAGACAAAAGAGUAGAUGUCAAUACAUUGGACUCCAUCCUAGCCAAUAUGGGCCUUUAUCUAACAGACCAGGAAAUUAAGGAGGCUCUAAAAAGGACAACCUUUAACAAGGAUAUGACUAUGAAUUUGAAGGACUUCAUGUGGGCAGUUGAUGACCUCCUCAGUAGUCAAGAAGAACUAGAGGAUGUUGACAGCUUGGAUGAUAUCUCGGAAGAUACAGAAUUCUUCCUAACCCCGGAAGAAGAGCAGGAGGAUGGAACUGCGUAUUUAACAGAUUUUACAAAGAUCUGCGGUGACAGUUGCACCUUCUGUAACAUUGAAGGAACAUAUCCACAUAAAAUGCCAGAUGCAAAGAUGUUCAGGUUGCCUAGAAUGGUGGAGAAGUCACUCCUCCAAACACCAAACAGAGUUUUCCCUUCUGUGACUUUCAAUGAGGAGGCCAAAUCUAAAGCAGUAAAGAACCUGAGCAAACCACAGCUAGAAGCCUUCCGUACAGCUUAUGAUACAUUUAGAAAGGACCUUGAUGGCAUAAUUGAUCUGGCAGCCCUAGAGAACACAGCCCAUAGUUUAGGAAUCAACUUAACAGAGGAGGAAGUUCUUGACGAACUGAUAUAUGCUGACAUGGAUGGAGAUGGAAAAGUAAAUUUUACAGAUUUCCUUAACAUCAUCACGGAUACCAGGCGAUUCAUCCAGGCUGUAGCUCCUAAGAAAGAUGACACAGAGACUGUUGAUGCCCGUGGAAUCUUGUUCUUUGAGCUCUUGUCAAAGCUGGUGGAAACAUCUAAACUGCCAAGGCAUAGUACUACGGCUAUUGUCAGCUAUUAUCGCCAAAAGUUCCUAGACUGUACAGGCAAGAAAGCUUGGCAGCCUGAUAGCAGGUCAGCCAAACAGGAUCAACACCAUUCUGAUAAAGAAAGGUUGUCCAAAAGCCAGUCUUCCCCUAUAACUGCCUUUGCUGGUGCUGCCCGCAUCUGCAUCAUGAACGAAAAGGAACUGGAAUCAUAUGUGGCAAAUCUCCAAGCAAAGGUUAAUCCUUCAGAGAGUCCCUAUAAUCAAGUGCCUAUCUUUCCCUUGAUCCCUAAUCGGGAUGUCUUGGUGAAAGGGAAGCCCAAAAAGGACGUCCAGAAGCUAGACAUGCAAAGGAAGAUAGAACCCGUCUCCUCUUUUGAAGACCGUUUCCUCCAUAAAAAGAGGUGGAUAAAGCAAAUACCAAAACCUGCCAAAGCUUCCAAACCAUCCCUCUCUCUCUCUCCAGAGCUAAGUCAGAAGCGUUUGACUAUGGACGACGUGAGAGAUAUCCGACAAGAGGUCAAGAAAGUGACAGGCUCCUAUCGGAAAACUAUGGCUCUUCGUGAACGCAACAAAGUUCUGAAGCUGUGGAAGAGACUACGUGGUGGAGAGAUUGGGCUGGAGACAGACAACCCCAGCUUCUACCAGAUCUUCUCUACAUACACCUGGUCAUGGAAUGUCUUGCAAGAGCUGGUGUCACCCCGAGAACUUCGGGAAUAUGAUAAACUUUGCCAACGUGUUGUCCAGCCAGCCACUCCUGUAGAUAAACUGAUCAGUACUAGUGGAAAAUCAAAAAGAAGUCAGAAGUAACACCAGAUGUUGCAACCAGUGCUCCUCCUUUUAUGUGAAUGCAUUCCCUCAAUCAGUCUCAGGCUGGUAUGCAGGUCACACUUUCUAUGAGACAUAGUGCAAGGUUUCAACUUUGUGCCCUGGCUAAUACAGUGAAAAAUUAAGCUUGAAGAGGCAAACCAUCUCUCUUGUCAUCUUUCUAUUCCCAUUAUUACUGAAUGCCACUAACAGGCACAAGGAAAGUAAAACAGGUGAAAAGUAUUCAAUCUUGAAAAUCAAGAAAGAUUUGGGAUAGCACCCAAGUCUUUAUCAACCACAUUUAAGGACAUUCUAUUCUCCUGACAAUCUUUUUCUCUUCUUUCUUUUCCCAGCCUUAACAGUUAACUUAAAGCAACUCUUAAUAACCAUCUUUCUCUAGGAAUGAGCCAACAAUGUAUUUAUAUUUUGUUCAAGGGAGUGCAUAAAUGAGAAGAGGCGUUGUCUUACCUGAACGCCUUUUCUCAGCACGGAGAUGGAGAAUCCACCAAUGGGUUUAGACUGUGUUCCUGCCCAAUCAGAUCAAGUCAGCCAAAGUUGCCACGCUUCUCCUGGGCUAGAAGAUCCCAGUCUUGAUGAAGGUGAAGCCAUGACUGACAGCAAGAUGUGUUGGCUCAUAAAUGUAAAACUAGACCUAAUAACCUGCUAGGUGGGAGUGGAUUCUCCAUCUCUGUGCUGA